UAUGAAAACUUAAGUGAGUAUUUAUACGGAUUUUCGCCCAACACUUUUCGGAUUCGGUGAAUAAACUUUGUAGGUCCCCUCACGCUGAGUUGAAUAAGGCCUGUCUCGCAAGGUACAUCGCCAUCUAUUGUCGAACUUCCAACCUUGAUUAUUAGGACCAGUUACUAGCACAUGUCCCCCAUUGGGGAUACAGCCAUAAGGAAAGGAAGGAAGGAAGGAAGACUGUCGUGCAACGUAAUCUAUCAAGCUACUCCAGGAAUAUGCUUGUGGAAAAUUGCAUUGGCGCAGCAUGUAACAGCUGUCGUAUAACAAAUAAGUUAAAUGCUGAUUUAUGGUGUGUUCGUGAGGCAAUCAAAGAUCUCAGAACACUGCAAGUGAUGGCCGAAAAUGUGGCAACGAAAGAUGCCGAGAUUGUGCGAAACAUUAAAAUCCUCCUGUGGGGUCCUUCCGUCAAAGAAGACGUUUUUAAAAGAUGGGCUCAGGGAUUUUAUUUCAGUACAGAUGAGCCUACAGCUUUGGUUCAAACAGAAGGUGGUCCUUGUGCUGUCAUUGCUCCAGUUCAAGCUUUUAUAUUAAAACAGCUUUUGCUUGAACGGGAAGUUCAAAGUUGGAAAGACAUUAAAGUAGAAAAGUGUGAUCAGCUACUUGUAAGGGCUAUGACGGAAAUUGUAGCCCAAGCUGCAGAUAUGGAGAAUCCUAAAUAUUCUAUAGUGCACACAGAACAGAAUAACAUGACAGUCAAUGGAGAUAUAACUGAUUCAAAUAAUACAGCUAAAGUGAGCACUGUUCUGCUGGCAGAAGAAGACAGGAGCACUAGUGGUGCUACGAUGGAAAAAAAGUACACGCUAGACCCAGAAUCCUUUCAUUCUCAAUUAAGAAUACUAGUAGCAGAUGAUAUUGAUCAAGUGGAAAAAUUCUUUACUGAGAAGAUUAACACAUUAAAGGACUCCUUUGGCAUUCUUCUGCUACUUUAUACCGUUGUUUGCACUAAAGGUAUCACUGGAAUGAAAUCAGAAAUGUCAGAUCCCACAGAACCUGUUAUUGAUUCUACAUAUGGUUACGGGAGUCAAAGUUUAAUUAAUCUGAUGUUAACUGGUCGGGCAGUUAGUCAUGUAUGGGAUCAUGAUCAAGAUGUUGGUGGACUCAAAUUACGAGGAAUAGAUAAGCAGAACUCUGUAGGCUUUCUGGCACUGCUGGAGCAUUUACGUUACUGUGAAGUAGGAACGUUUCUAAAAUCUCCAUCUCAUCCUGUUUGGGUGCUUGGAUCAGAAACUCAUUUGACUGUUCUUUUCUCGCCGGAGAGACAACUAGUUAGUCCAGAAACGCCAACUGCGCAAGCCAGAAGAGUUUUUAAGAAGUUCGACCCCGAAGGCAAUAAUUUUAUUUCAGCAGAUCUUCUUCAAGACGUCCUGAGCGAACUCGGAUUAGUUGCCGAUUCAGAGUACGUGGAGAUCAUGAAAAAGAAGUUGGACAGUGAAACCCUAGGCAUUAUCUUGCUAGCUGCUUUCAUGGAUGAGUUUUUUCCUGAAGAGCAACGAACAUGUCCCGACACUUUCCCACUGUUUCAUUAUAAUGGUCUCCCACGUAGUAAUCCGGACAACAAGGUGAAGUAUCACAGAGGUCAAGCAGUAUUGUUGGAAUGCACUGUCAAAUGUAUUCUGGACAGUAAUCCAAUGUUAACGGUACUCCAGACGAAAUGGCCGAGCAUUGAAACACAGUGGGAUUUGAAUAAAACUCCCAGUUUGAAUUAAUUUUCAAAAACAAAAGAAUAAAAGUGACAUUAGAAUACAGUGAGCAGAUUUGGAGUAUCGUGGUAUUACUGCCAAUAUAUUGAAGUGUAAAAAAGGUGCGGUUAUCUCAUAACUGUAGCCUCAUAUAAGUCCUUUUACUAUGGCUUAUUGCCUUUCUUUAAAUUCUUUAAAGAAUCAAUAAUCUAUUCUUUUUUAUGUCUUUAAGUUUUCGGAGUGCUGAGAAAUACUAUGCUGCAUUUUUGUCGUUCAGCGUUUACACAAACUUAAGAAGGAAUAGCUAAGAACUCACUCGAAAACACGGUUGAUUUUCGAAAUUUUUUCUAGCAAUUGAAUUAUAUUUUAAGGCAUUUAUUUUUAUAUCACCAUGACGUACAUUAUUAAAAGUAUAAGUAGUAAUUUUUUAAUCGAAAAUUAUUUUGAGAUGGCAGACAUAUAAUUGUUGAGGCAAAGCGCGUUCUGAAGAUCUCUUUUAACAGUGAGUACGAUAUCUCGGGGAAUGUUCAUCUAAAAUCAAAAGAACAAACAGAUAUUUAAAGUAAACAAACUUUAUCUAGAUAUUGUCAUAGCAGAUUUUUUUGACAGUUUGCUUUUUUACACACAAAAAACUAAUGUCCAAAAUUAUCUUUUUUCAUACUGUCAAGUUUAAUCAUCCGCUAUUUUGUAAAAACAUGAAAAAUCGAAUUUAACUAGGACAGUAUUUAGUAAAGGUUAGAUUCUUCAACUUUUCUUUAUUUUUUGAUUUGAGAUAAGCUAUCUUCAAGAUAUCGUGUUCACCGUAAGAAAGGUUUUUCAGAACAUGCUCUGCGCCGACGAUCGUAUCUGCAUUAUUUUUAAAAUAUUUUUCAAUACAUAAAUUCAUAUGCAUACUUUAAAAUAUAUACUUUAUAGUAGUGUAAAAAUUAAUGGCUUAAAAUGUAAUUGCUAUAAAAAUUUCGAUAAACACUCUUGUUUUAGGAUGAACUCUAUUCUCUCUUAAUUAAUCGUCCAGUUUAUUCCGAGCAGUUGAUACGCAAAGUAAAGCAGUAUCUUUGUAGUAAAUAGCUGUUUCUACCGCUCUUUUUUAAUUGAACUAUUUGAUAUGGAUAUAGUGCUUUAAUAGAGAAAUAAAGGUUUACGGUGUAACUAGGCCAAUGGCUUUCAUUUUUUCCGAUUAAAAUAAACAUACAAGUGGUUAAUCACGCUUAAACGCCAAACAAUGGAACGUAGGUCCCAGUUUCAGAGCAUUUCAGACUAUUUAGAAAUUUACAAGCGCACGGACUUAAUGAGGAAAUGAUCGAGUGUCUGGUGAGAUAAAAUCCUCUGAUAAAGUUUUCCAUUUUGCGGACUGAAUAUAUAGCAGUAGGGAAGAUAUUGUUUUAUUAAACUGAGUGUAAUAGGAAUAUAGAUAUACGAAGAUCGCCUUCUUACUAAUGUAAUUCGGUGAACGAUCCAAAAAGUACGUUUGUAAGUGUAGAAUGUUAGGUAUAUGAAAAACGGGGAAAGAUAAAAGUAUUUUGAGUGGGUCCCAACCCAAACGACAAUUUUCGUAACUUAACAUGAGAAUUAUCGUAUAGGGUUGAUCCGUGAUGGGUUGGGUCCUACUCUAAUAUUGUAGUUGGUUUAUGUAAUAUUAUUAUAUACAAAUAUCGUCAUAAGAACUUUUUGCUUAUAUUUUUACUACGUAUGAAAAAUAUACGCGUAGAAAAUUAUUGAUAGAUACGUUUGAGUAUAAUACAUUACAAUAUCUUACUACUUUGUCUUAUUUCAUAUGCUGCAUGGUGAUGAAUUCCAAGACAAAAGAUUAAUUUUCUUUUCUUUUUUCUUGCACACAUUGGCGUUUGCUCUAAAAGAGUUACCAAAUCAAAAUUGAUUAUUAUUAGAGGAUGUUGUAACAGCUAUGAUCCUUAGAAAUCAAAAAGAAUUUUUAAGCAUAUAUAGGAAAAUUAAAACUUAUUUUUAAUGAAUUUUCUGUAGCCUAUAAUUCGUAUUAAGGUCAGAAACUUGUGUAUACAAACAAAUUAGUAUCGAUAAUAUUACUUUACUGCGUUUCAAUUCGACCAUCCUGCAACAUACCAAUGAAUUGAUGUAAACGAACUAUAUGCAGAGACUGAAAAAUAUUAUGCAUACUUUGCGUGAAUUCACGAAUAUUAAUAAAAAUGACUAUAGAAAUCA